AUGAGGGAGUCAGAAAACAAGCAUGGGUUUGGAGGCAUGUACGGUGGUACUGCUUCUGCUGUUGCUUCUGCUGCUGCUGGUAGUGGUAGUGAUGGUGAUGGGAGGCAGGAGCGGAACGGGGCAGGAGCUCAGGUCUGGGCCGAGCUUCUCCAGCUGCUUUGGGGGCUGGUUCGGCUGGAGCCUCGGGUGGUGGUGCUUGUGGAUGGCUUGCAUGACGCCACGUGGCAGCUCGUGAUUGGGGCAUGUUCUGCUUGCGAGCGGGCACGAGUAGAGGGAUUUGAUACCGGUGGUAACCAGCUGAUGUUGGAGGAGCAGCGGGCGGCAGGGUGGGCGGCAGAGUGGGUGGCAGUGUGGGCGGCGGCAGUCAAGAUUGCGAGCCAGCUGGUGAUGACGUGGAAAGAUAUGCGACAGCUAGUGGUGGCCAUCCGAGCCAUUCUCUCUUCCACCCUUGCCUCCAGGCGACCGCUUCUCGCUCUACCUUCUGCCCUGCCCUCCCCGGUAGCAUCAGAAUCGCCAGCAGCAGUGGCAGCAGCUGCGGCGCUCCUAUCGUCGCCUGACCUCCUCUCCGUGGUCCGGGAGGCUGCUGCUGCAGUCCCUCCAGGCCAGGUGCCGAGCCUGCUGCUCAGCUUCGGGGAGGAGCAGGUCAGGCUGGUGUUUGGUCGGGUAGGGGACGCUGAGGGAAGAAGAAAGGAGGGGGACGAGGAGAGCAGGGGAGGGGGCGAGGGGGAGAAACUGAAGGGGAGGAAGGGAAAGAAGGGGAAGGCUGGUCAGGUGGUUUCUCAGGUGAAAACUCAGACGCAGGAAGCACAGGAUCGGCUCACCUGGGCGGCGGCCAGCUUCGUUGCCACAGUGCUCCGCAGCCUGCCUGUUGCACUGGGAACCGCCAUCCAGGUGGAUGGCAACCUUUGUCGUCUAGUGCAGGCCCUUGGGCGCCUUGCCUUUCCCCUCCCUCUGGACCCUGCUGUCAGCGGCCCAGUCUCGGCAGGAACUGGUUCGGCAGAGUUAGGUUCGGCAGGGAUAGGUUCGGCAGGGGAGAUCGCUGGAGGGGCUGCUUCGGAGCAGCCUGCUUCCAGAUGGCGGUUUGUGAUUGGCUGGCUGAAUCGAGUGAUGAAUGAAAAGGCAGAGGAGACACAAGAGCAGCAGGAAGAGGAGGAGGAUCAACAAGGGAUGGAAAGCAGUGAGCUGCUUCGGCUGCGCUUCCUGACUCUCUGUGCUGCCAUCACUGCCCUCUCCUCCCUCUCCCCGGUGCUGCCUCUGGGUGCCAGCAGUGCGGGUGGAAAGAGGGGCGAACUGGGGGGAGAGACGGAUGCAGCAGGAGAGGCGGGGAAGGGGAGGAAGAAAGCGAACCGGGGAGGAGCAGAGGGAGCGCGGGGUGUGGGGGAGGGUGGAGUGGUGGGGAGUGGUGUUGGUGCGCUGGCUGCUGCUGUGGCCCAUGAGCUGUCGUUUGGGUGUGUGGGGGCGGGCGAGGGGCGGAGCCGGUGGGUGGUGAUGGGGAGAGAAACAGGCGGGAAAGGGGAAGCAGGUGCGGGAAGGACUGUGCAAAGAGAGGAGGAGGGAAAGGAGGGAUGCGCAAGCAGGGAGAGGAGGCAGCGGGGCGGGAGGACACAGUGGGAGGGCACAGCGUGCAGCAUCAGCAGCCGUGGGUCACUCAACGCGGCUUACCUCUCCCUUGCUGCGUCCUCCGCCCUCCCCCUCUGGAUUCCCGCUGCCCCUCGCCCUGCUGUGAGGGAGUUUGUGCUGCUGCUGCUCGCACUCGCUGCUCGGGAGGUGCUUGGUGGUGCGGGGGGUGUUAAGGAGGAGGCUGGGGGUGCAGGAGAAAGGGCCCAGGCUGCUCUGGCGGCACUACGGAAUCCUGUCUUUUAUGAGAUUGAGGUGAGUGCCGGAGGUGCAAACGAGGAGGCUGGGGGCGCAGGGGGAAGGGCUCUGGUGGCUCUGGUGGCUCUGGUGGCGCUACAGAAUCCCGUGGUCUACGAGAUUGAGGCAGCUGCUGAGCUGGCAGAUUCAGUCCGCCAUCUCGUUCAAAACCCUGAUGCUGACUCAGCAGGCACAGAUGCUGACUCAUCAGAAGAGGAGGAGGAGGAGGAGGAGGAGGGUGGGAGAGGAGUGAGAGAGCAGAAGGGGAAGGCCCUCCUUCGUUUCCUCUCCCUCCACCAAUCACUCUCCCAUCCCACUCAUUCCAAACCAAGUUGUCCCGAGCCUGGGUCCAGUCUGGUGCCGAAGCUGCUACCAUGGCUGGUGGUAGGCUCGGUGGGAGCAGGUGUCGUGAAGCGAUGGGAGCUGCAGGAGGGACGGAAAGGGGAGGAGAUGAAAUGGAUUGGGGGGGCAUUGGGGGAUGGGGACGCAUUGCGGGAUGAGGAAGCAUGGGAGGGUAUGGUGGCGGCGAGUGGAGCAGCAGUGGGCAUGGCAGUGCAUGCAGUCAUGACGGAUGGUGGCGCGGAGGGAAGCAAAGAGAGGGUCGAGGAGAAGGCUGUAGCGGAUGGAUUGAGCCGCACUGGCGAUGAGUCAGCAGCACCGGCUGUAGCGCGUGCUACAGUGAAUUCUGCAACAGCUGUUCGUGAGGUGCGAAGCGAGGGGUCAUUGCUGGCACGAUGGGGUGGUCGGAUCCCUGCCACGUGGCGUGCUCUGAUUGGCUGCCUCGAGCCUGCUGUUGAAGGGGGGUUGAGGGGGAUGCUGGGGGAGAGUGAGAAGGGGAGAGAGGAGGUGAGAGAGGAGGGAGGAGGGGAGGAAAAGGAGGUGGGAGGAGAAGGCAUGGACGCUGGUUUGGAUUGGUUGUCGCUGCGUGAACUCGGAUUCGCUGUGGCGAGGGAUGGUGGUUUGCUGGACAUGCAUGGUGGGGAUGUUGCUGGUGAUGGGGAUGGGAUUGGUGAUGUGAAGGGGAAAGGCAGGGAUGGGGUGGGGGAAGAUGUCGAGGAGAGCGAGAAAGUGGAGAGUGAGGAGGAGGAUGAUGAUGGUGAGAGUGAGGAGAGUGAGGAAGAGGAGAGUGAGGAAGGGGAGAGUGUGGAAGAGGAGAGUGUGGAAGAGGAGAGUGAGGACGAGAGUGAGGAAGAGGAGAGUCAGGACGAGAGUGAGGAAGAAGAGAGUGAGGAGGAGAGUGAGGACGAGAGUGAGGAAGAAGAGAGUGAAGAGGGCGAGAAGGAGAGUGAGGAGGAGAGUGAGGAGGAGAGUGGGGAUGAGAUGGAAGUGGAUGGAGACACAAAUGCCAGCCAGGGAGGGAAGAAGCCACGCUCCCCUUCACCUUCCAAGACAGAGAGAGGAGCAACAGGAGGAGCCGGAGGAAGAGUGGGAAGAGGAGGAGAAGGAGCAGAGAGGGAGGAGAGCUGGUUACGCAGUUACGACCUCCCAGACUCUCAAAAGCACGCCCUCAGGCGCCUCCUUACAAGCACAUCUGAAUGCGUCACAGCUGCCCACCUGUUCUCUGCUGCUGCUGCUGCCCUGCACCUCAGGUGUGCGCUGGCCAUGUGUGAAGGGGAUACGGAACAGUCUAGAGAAGGCGGGGCAGAGAAGGCUCUGCAGACGGCUCACGAGGCCGCCAUUGACCCAGCUGCCCCAGCAGCCACAGCACCCACAGGAGUGGCAGCAGCAGGGUCAGGAACAGCAGGGGCUGGUUCUGUGUCCGGCCCCUCUGUGUCCGGCCCCUCUGUGUCCGGCCCCUCUGUGUGCGGCCCCUCUGUGCUGCGCUUUGCAGCGCCUCUCCUCCUGGCGGUGCUGCAGUAUACGCAGUGGGCGUCGCACGGGUGGGUGGCCGUCAUUUUCCGUACCUGCAGGCAUGAGCUCGCCUUGCACGUGGAGGGGGGCAGUGGAGGGGAGUGGCAGGGUGGCGGCAUCAGAGGAGGGGUGGGAGGAGAGGCAAGGCUGCAAGCGGUUGUGGGGACCAGCGGGCAAAGCGCUCAAGCGCUCAGCGGGCGGCGCAUGAGCACUCCCCUUAAUAUUAAGGGGAGUGCUCAUGCGGAAGGGGACGGUCAAACAGAGUUUGACAGCGCAGCUGGACUGGACGGUGGAAUAGGGCUGGAUGCGGUGGCAGUGUUGGCGGAGAAGCUCAUUCACAGCUGCCCCAGCGGCCACUCCCUUCACUUCCUCGCUGCCCGCUCUCCCCUCCUCGCCUCCCUGCUCUUCAAGGCUAUCACCUCCUACACACACUCUCACUCUCACUCUCUCCCUCACUCCCUCCCUCACACUCCCAUGCACACCCUUCCGCACACGCCCUCACUUGUAUCUUCACUUUCCGGCCUCUACACAUCCUCCAACUCCUCUGCCUUUCACGUCCCCUCCAUACUCUCACUCGCUCCCUCACUCGCUCCCUCACUCACUCCCUCGCUCACUCCCUCACUCACUCCCUCACUCGCUCCCUCACUCUUUCCUUGGCUCACCCCCUCACUCGCUCCUUCCAUAACUCCCGCCAGCUUUUUCACCAUUUGCCAUCACAGCCUGUCAGCGCUCACAACUCUUGCUGCCCGAAGCGCAAUUUUCCCUUUCCGGGCAGGCCACGUCAGCCUGGGCCUCGCGUGCCCGAACCUCAUUCUGCCCGCCAUCUCGUCUUCUCCUGAUUCGUCCACUGGCAUGGGCCUUGGCGAACGGGCGGCGUUGUUUGUUGGUUUCUGCCAGCUGCUUUGUGCGAUCAUUCGUCAGCGCAGCCGGUGUGUGCCCGUUCUGCUGCGAGUUUGA